AAAGCUUUGGUUCUUCAUAUGCCAACAUUCCGUGCCCUCAAAACGCUCGUGCGGUCGCUAUCCACCACCGCCAGAUCCGCACCAGAGCUCGUUGGCACGGCUCCUCCGCAUAAGUGCUACAUCUUCUUGCACACCCCACAGCCGCCCAGCGAGUAUCCCGCCAAGUACGCAACCCCCGUCCAGCGCGCGCUCCUUCUACGCACCGCUAAAUGGGGCGGGUCUGUCAACUUUGCGUGGUCUGAGGACCAACAGUCUGUCCGUGCACCACCGCCUGGGGAGGAAGACAAGCAGGAAUAUCAUUUGACAGCGUUUACGCAUCCGCGUGGAAAGCUGGAGGCUAGGGUAUCUAUGGACAAUAUUGAGGAGGUGGGAGAACAGUUGAGGGUGCACGCUGAGCUCGAGGGUGUCUCCAGUACUACGUUCCCGGAUUCAGAUGAUGUGCAUCUAUAUAUCUGCACGCAUGGUGCGCGAGAUUGUCGGUGCGGAGACAUGGGGGGAGCAGUUGCCCAGGCUAUAAGGGAUGAGCUCCGCAAGCGCAGAGAUGCGGAUCCGAGUGAUCCGAGUACCUGUAUUAAGCUUGCAGAGGUAGCACAUGUCGGAGGGCAUAAAUACGCAGCAAAUCUCCUUGUGUACCCGCACGGAGAAUGGUAUGUUUGACACUACUGAUCUGUGCGCAUGUAUUCAUCCAAUCUUAAUUGUAAAGGCUAGGUGAGGUGGAGCCCGAA